AAAUCUGACGUGUGUUUCAGUCAAUGGCGGAAUCAACACAAGAGAGGCCAAAGGGGAUACGACUCGUCACUACUACGCUGUAUACUUUGAUGGCGAAACAUCCAGAGAUAUGUAUUGGGCUAAUUGUGAUUGUAACUUCCAUAAUUUCUCGCUACAGUUCAAGUAUCCUUGAUAAUGAUGUAUUAUCUCCGCCAAAGAACCCCCGGCCAUUCUUCCCUGCUGGGUCACCAGUUCUGGACUACCCCUGGGGUGACCUGAUGCCAGUGGCAGACCUGUUGAUCAGGGAGGAACUUCUAGUGGUCAUGUAUUACGCCCCCUGGUGCCAUGAUUCUAUACGAGCCAAAGCAGAAUUUACAAAAGCUGCCAAAGUCUUAGAAAACAAAGUUUCAUUUGUGGCCAUUAACUGCUGGUGGCCUCAAGGACCCUGCAAGAAAAAUUACAAAUUCCAUAGAUUCCCAGAAAUCUACAUCUAUCACACCACCAUUGAUGGAAUACGAUUUUCAGGGCCUCUGUUAGCAGAAUACAUUGUUAGAUUUGUGGAAGAGGUCAUGUACCCUUUGACCUUUCUCUACUCGGAGGAUAUGAUUUUGAACUUUGUUUCAAAACAAGAUAACUCUCUGAUUGGAUUCUUUGAUUUCAAUUCAUCACCUCAGCCUCCAGGAUUCAUUCAGUUUUAUUAUGCCUCAAUCAGGUUGCUGGAGAAAAACCCUCUUCAGCCAAUCAGAUGUGGUGUUAUAACACAGCAGUUCCUAGCGGAGGAGCUUGGUCUGUCGGACCCGAAUGAAAUCAUCAUGAUACGAACCUUCAAUGAAUCUUUACUGUAUCCACCCUCUAGGAAUUUCACAAGCUCCAACAUAUGGAGCUGGGCACUUCACCACAAAGAACAGCCCAUAGUUCAGUGGCUGAAUUUGCCUGGACACAAAAGUUUGGAGCUGUCUGCUGCCAUUGAAAGAGGACCCACCUUACUGGUGCUGGCACCUGUCAAUCAUGUCUACAAGACCAACUACUAUCUCAACAUGGUGAGAGAAGUGGGCCUGCUGUACCACUACUGUCAUGAGGUCCCCUAUCUGGAGUUUUUCCUUAGACAGAGUGUGAGGGACAGGGCAGACUUCCUUCAUAGCUACUCAGAGCAACAGGACCUUUGUAAAAAUUUCUAUGAGGUCCCGGAUGACCUUUUCUCAUAUCCCGAUAGAAACUGUUGUGUGUCAGUUGUAGGUGCAGACAAAGGUCUACAAAAUUCAAAGAAAAUCUGUGAUUUCUGUAGAUACAUGGAGAAGAAGUUAACGCCUGCUUCACUUGAGCCAUGCAAUCUGGGUUUGUCGUCCAUGUUUGCUGAGGAUGCAGUGUUUGCAGUUGGCAGCAAUAUACAGACACCAUUUUGUUUAGAUACUUUUGAAAAUUAUAAUACCAAUGAAUACAGGACGUUGUGUUGUAGAGAAUGUAAGAUAGACUUAUCUUAUAAAUCCUGUGCUUCCAUUUCAUCAAGAAGAAGCAAUGAUAAAUUUGUUCGCCAAAGUGAGUCCUCACUCAAAAGAAAUAAAUGCAAGAAAUUGACUCUUCAGAAAACUCAAAAUUUACUGAAGCCAAACCAGUUCAUCGGGGACUUCGAUCAUCUGUCCAUUCCUGUGAACUUCACUGGUUCUGCUUGCAGGACAAACAGAACCUUGACUUUAUUUUUUGUAGACAGCUCUUUAAGCUCUGCUCUACACAAGAAACUAGGUAUUCCUGGCCCUGUGGCAUUUGAAAAGCCCUCUGUGAUAAUUAUUGAUAAAAAGAAUGAAGCUAAUUUUAUUCUCAGGGAGUCUUUCUCUAGAAAAGCCUUAGCAAGGUUCAUUCAGAAUUAUACAGAAAGUGCAUUAGAACGCCAUCUACGCUCCGAGAGUCCCAGACCAUCCUGUGAUGCAGCGUCGUGUAGCGCUGAUGUCUGCGUACAGGAAGUCACUUCAAAGACAUUCCAUUCUGUUGUCAUGCAGCCAGGAAAGGAUGUAGUUUUGUUAAUAACUGCCAAAUGGUGUGGUUUUUGUUCUAGUUUCUCUCACACCUACCUCCAGUUAGCAAAAUAUUUCUCUUCUGCCAGGGAUCUAGUCUUUGCAAGAAUUGAUGCAGACAGAAAUGAUCUGAGGUGGGAGUAUACAUUGGAUUCCUAUCCCACAAUCCUCUUCUUUCCGGCUCACAGGAAAGAAGACAGUGUGGUGUUUCCAUCCAAUUUCCCAAAGUCAUUGCCCAAUCUGAUAAAGUUUAUUCUGGCCCAUGCCAAACGGGACCUCAAAACAGACACAGUGGUGGACAUAUGCAGCAAGACGUGCGUCAACCACAACAGGCGGCGAGUUGUUCACGUCAUGACGCAUCUUAGAGCCAAGCGACGCAACAUCAAGCGCAGGAUCAGCCUUCUGCUUAACAGGAGGGCGCACGGGAAGCCUGUGUUAAAGGAGGCCCUGAGGUCCUUAUGGAGGACCUACAGAACUGUUCAGAGAAAGAUCUGGAAUGCUAGUCUUUUACAGAAACUGUUGUUUUCUCACACUCGCGAGAGAUUGAGUCAGUCAGUCCUGAAGAAACACUUGGUAGAUAUUCAUAAGGAAGGGGAUUCUAAAGUAUACAAUUUAAAACACGAUGAAUUAUAGUGGCAAAUUAUCGUUUAAUUUUUUUCAAUUAAGAAGGUAUUUAAAAUAAAUGUGAUGAUGCCACACGAGGAGCUUAGCUGUUGAUUGACGCUGUCACAGUUUUCCAUUCCUUCAGAAUUAUUUGGGGUCAUUUAUGUUAGUACAUGUACCGUAGUUCUAUACCAGAUAAUUUUUCAUGAAUAAAUAUCUCAUUUAUUUUACUGUCGUCACACAUUGUUCAGACUGACGUUCCAUUUUAGCAGCUACAGCUGUUGUGCUUGUUAAAGGUCACAGCCAAAUUUUUUAUCCAUUGUAAUGAUAAAGUCAUUUUCACAAAACUUGUAUUCUCUAAUUGUCAAUCAAACCAUGAUUAUUUGUUUUCUGGUAAUGGUUUCAUUAAUUUUUUUUAUUUACUCAACUCAUUUUUGAUGCGUUUGAAAUAUCAAAUGUCAGAACUUCAUUAAAAAAUCAGAUCUUCAUUUACAUUUAUAUACUUUAUCAAUUUAUAACUGACAUUGUGAAAUGAUAUUGACAUAAUUUAGUACAGUAUAAAAGAAUCCAUUAAUCAUAUAGCAGCCAGUCUUCUAAAACUAGUGUGGGUUGAUCUAUUGAAGAAUUAAAGACACCAUUUAUUCUAUUGAAAAUCCAUUAGAAUUGGCUUUGUUCAUGACACAUUUUUUGAUAAAUGACUCAUUUUUCUUUUAUAACAGUUUUAUACACUUCAUAUUUCAAAUGAUUUUCACAAAUUGAAUUAUUAUCAAAAGUUGUCAUUCAAUGUGUAUUAAUGUGUUAAAAUUCCAACUACCAGUAUGUAUUACCACUCAUUUAGCAGUCAGUGUAUGUCUUCUGUAUAAAUUGCCAAAAACUGUUAUUUUAGCCAAAAAUAUGAUUGUAAAAUUUGUGUCUGAUUAUUGGAUAAAUUCAUUUUGUUUGAUGUAUAGCAGUAUGUUUAUGAUGACAUAUUGUCUCGCCAGAAUUGUAUCAGUUCAGCAGACCGAUCGCAAUCAACAGUUUUUCGGAGGCAAAGUCUGCAGGGUCCAUGCCUUAUGUUUAAUUUUAUCAACCGCCCUGAAAUUGACACCAAAUUAUUGCGUUUAUGAUUUAGAACAUAGUACAUAUUUGUAAGUUAAUGUAUUUAAUUGGGGCCUGUGUGGAUUGAAGCAGUGAAAGUGUGUAUAGAAACAUCAUAUACUGUCAGACAUAGAAUUUUUUUCAAAAUGAUUGCAAUAUUUUUUGUAUGGUAAAUUAAUACAUCUGAGUGUCAAAGACAUUUUUGGCAUGUUUUUUUUUUCAUAUUAUUUGUCUCAUAGUCUGCAUGCUUCUAGUUUAAUUCAUAAGAAAGGAUAAAAGAAAGUGUUUGAGGUUGUUCAGUCUUUUGACUGAUAUAUGCAACUACCAGUAUAAGUGCUCUAUCAGUAAAAAAGAAUGGUAUGCAUCACAUUUCUGAAACUACCAAGGAACAUGCAGUCUGAUAAUUAACUUACUUUUAAAGCAAGAAAUAUAUGAUAUAUGUUUAUCUUGAAUCAUUUAAUAAGGUAUUUAUACAUUAGCUAAAUAUUUUGCAAGUCAGGCAUAAGUGCUCUACCAGUAAAAGAGAAUGGUAUGUAUCACAUUUCUGAAACUACAAAGGAACAUGCAUGUCUAUCUUGAAUCAUUUAGUUAGUUAUCUGUUCAUUUGCUAGAUAUUUUGCAAUUCAGGCAUUAUUUUUGUUUUUGUGGAGAGCAACUAUAUUUAUAUCUUCAUAUGUCUACUUUUCAUAUGUGCGAUAUAUGUAUUGAUUGAACUAUUGAAAUACUUGAUUUCCACUCAUUCAGUUCAAUUUACAAUAACUGUAUUCUUCUUUGAAGGAUAUUUAAUCAUUAUGUAAUACAUGUAUAUACAUGUCCUUGUAUUUGUUAGCUUGGUUUUUUUUUCUUCUUCAUUUUAUUAUUUAUGCAUAAACUUUGAUUUAUUUAAUUUUGAUGUCUCCCAAUCACCUCUAAUAGUGCAAUAUUUUAACCAAUUCAUAUGAGAGUGUUUUCUAUGCUGUCAGCGCUCUGGUCUGUAUAUAAAGUCAGCAUACAUAUAUAGCAUUGUACAGUACCAAAAAAAUAAUAUAAAGGCUACCAUACAAAAGUAGACUUUAAGAAUAUAAAGUCAGCAUACAUUUAUAGCAUUGUACAGUACCAAAAAAUAAUAUAAAGGCUACCAUACAAAAGUAGACUUUUAGAUGGCAGAAAAAAAUGUCUUGACUGCAACAAGGUGGUGCUCUAACAGCACACUGAUUCAUUCAAUACAACUUUAUAUAUUUACAACCUUUAAACAAAACAGUGGCACCUAAAAGACAGGUCUGCAUUUUACAAAAGAACUUACGACAGAGUCAUAAAUAUUUUCAGUCUCAUAGAAUGAUAUUUAAAGAACAAAACUUAGACAGAAGCAUAUUUAUACAACUACUUUGAUGUCCAUGAUAAUAUUUAACAGCCAUAAGAAUAAUACUUUGAUUAGCUUGUGAUUAAUAAGCAUUCAUUAAUUUGGUUGUAAGUCAUAAGUUCUAUUGUAAAACGCAGCCCUGGACUUUUACAUUGCUAAUUAACAUAAGUUGUCCAAUUUCAAUUACUGAGUUGUAAACAAGAUUGUCUAGUGAAAUUGACUAUUUUUUUUCAUGGAGUAUAGCUGUAGAUUAUUUUGGGCAUAGUUUUAUAAGAUUUUACAGCAAAGUCUUGUCAAUCUGGAUACAGUAAAACUCGUUUAGUACGAACACGGAUAUUGCGAAUUUACGGAUAUAGCGAAGUCAUCUUGGAUCCCCAGCUAUGUAAAUUUAAUGAAUUUCUUAUACGGUUAUAGCGAAUUACGGAUAUAACGAAGUAAUUUCUUAGGUCCCAGUGACUUCGUUAUAACCGAGUUUUGCUGUACUUGUUUCCAACCACAAUGUACUGAUGAAGCAUCCAGAUACAAGUAAAUGAUUCACAUAGCUGGAAUGUAUUUUACAGAAUUUUGAAAAAUGUUCCCAUUAAUACAUGUAAUAAUUUAUCACAUAUGGACUUUAAAAGUUUGGGCAACAUAUGCCACACUAUGCUUGUAUGUUGCCUUAAUACAUUAAAAUUAAUGGAAUAUAUUUUACAGAAUUUUGAAAAUUGUUUCCAUUUAAUUUAAGUAAUUUAUCACAUAUGGACUUUAAAAGUUUGGGUAACAUGUGUCACACUCUGCUUUUAUGUUGCCUUAAUACAUUAAAAGUUAAUUAAUAUAUCUUGUUAUUGUUGCACAUAUGUUACUGUUUCAAUCUGUGGUUAUUUAUAUAUAUUUUAGAGGGUUGCAUAUUAUGAUGAUACUUUGCUUUAGUUUUUAUAUAUUUUACACACAUUUGUCAAAUUAAUAGUUAAGACAAUAUUUGUUAGCAAUUGGAUAUGAUGUGAAUUUCCACUUUUGUGUAUUGUUGAAUAACAUAUUCUGAAAUUAGGAGUAAAUUUAACAGGAAAUAUACAAAAUAAUGCAAAAUCUUAAACUAUUGAAUAUAUCACUAAUAUUUGGAUCUCUUGAGAAAAGCAAUGCCAUAUGUAUUGGUUUAACUCAUUCAUGUCAAACGAUUUCUCAUUAUGAAAUAUCUAAUUUGUUCAUGAAACAUAGAGCUAAACUCUUGGUAAAUGCUUUGAUCCCUUUGAAUUUCUGAAACAUUGCCAUGCAUUUUCUAUAUUAAACCUGUGAUUUGCCUUUUAUCUAAAUCAAAUAAAAGCUUUAACUGAAGUUUACAUAAUGAAAUUAUUAUAAGAUUGUUUGUUUGUCGCUGGAUUAUAAAUCAAUUUAAUGUAAAAAAAUAAAAUAAAAAUACAACAAAGACAGAUGACAAAUAGCAUGCAAGAAGUGAUUAAUUUUAAUUACACUCAAUCAAAUGACUGAAAUUCUUCACAAGUCGGUAAUAAAAUAAAACAGGCUUAAAUAACAGAUUAGCAGUAUUAGGUCUGUUAAAUCUGGGGACUGGUCAACUUUGAUAACUUAAUUUUUUCAGCUAUAAAGCGCAUCUCUUUUGUUGUGUAACUCAAUAAUAAAGACAUUAAAUCACACUAAAUGGU